GGGGGAAAAUGGUUUUAAAAAAUGGUUCAAUAAAAAUUAGUAUAAUUUCAGAGAAAGUAGACUUCUCAUUUGAAGGCCCUUAUAUUUUACAUUAUUUGUCGGGACAACACUGAUUGCUAUUUUUAUCGACCAAAAUGGUUCUUUCAUUAUUAUUAAUCUUACAGUUUUUAAUUUGAAUUAUCACAACACAUCUAUGUAAAUAUAAGCGUCGCAAAAAUAAGACUACACCGUGUUUAAUUUUUAAGAGUUUCUGUAAAAGCUCCAAAAGUACAUGAUCCUCACUGAAACAUACAGGAUUGCCACUUGAUCCUGAUCCUAUUUGCACCGUCAGACCCUUCAAAGGUGAUUCAGCUAAUCACUCUGACUUACUGUCCUCCCCCCAAACUUGGAGUGAGCUGUUGGCAUGAGAAGUGAAAGCCUCAGGUACAUGAACACACACACAGGAAAAGUGCUGAAAAUGUACUUCAAAGUCAAUUGCUUUGGAGCGGCUCCAGCUGAUUUAUUUGACUUAAGAUAUACUUUUUUUGUGUGUGUUUCAUUGUGGAUGAAAAUUUCAUACACCAAUUUAGAGGUGGUGAAAUAUAAAUGAUAUCUUUAAAGUUUCAUCAUAAAUCAGUCUGUCGGUAUAUGUGAGCAGACACUGAUUACUCCUUGAUGUCUCCUGAGCCUGAUCUCCUGUCUCCUGGUGUCUGCAGGAGGUGGCUGUAGCAGCGCCUGUUUUUUUUCCCCGCUGGGGAGGAAACAUUUCUCUGCAGCUGCGUGGCUCUAAUGCAACGUAAAAAAAAAUGCCAGGCUGCAACACCAACAGGCGAGGGGACAUAAAUACUGUCAGGAAGAAACAAAAAUAUGGAAAAACAGCGUUGGAAAGCGGGACGUGACACCUUGACGCUGCGUGCGUAUUGAAGCGCAUGAGCCUCCACGUUAAGGCUGCAGCUUCGGAGGACUUGAUUUAGAGGCAUUGAGACUUUUAUUGCAGUGGCGCACACACACUGGCUGUGGCCAUACAUAGAGAGCAGUAUGUGAAGCCCCUAAUUAGGACAAGAUCACAUAAUAAUCUCCAGUGAAACCUGCAGUUUAACCCCGAACAUUAGCGUUGUGUGUUAUUAACACAUUAAAGGUGAUUAAGGGGUCAGCGUAGCGCCGUAUAACUGCUGCGAGAUGCCCCCUUUUUCGUGCGUGUGUGUGUGUGUGAAGUGAUUUAAACUAUUACACACAUAGAAAAAAAAAAAGUAAAAGUGUUAUUGUUUUCCAUAGGCUAACCUCCAUGAGACUUGCAUAAUUACAAUGAUCCCACCCUACAGACGUGUCCGUAUUAACUGAUCAAAUCAGACAACUCUUCUUCAUUACAAGAAGAUUAAAGCUUUUCAUCACGUUAAGGAUGGCGUGGCAUAAUUGGAAAAAAAGAUAAGAUAAAAGCCUGUUUGACAAGUUAUUACAAUUAUCUCAUUUUUAAAUAUCUCUUGUUACAUAACUGUAUCGGCCCUUUUAAGUGAAAACCAACACAUAGAGAAAAAAAGCAAAAUUAUGCAAAACAGGUUGGAAUUUCCUCUUAAGACUUUAAUCUUUUGUUGUUGGUAUUUUUGCAAGUUUUUGUCUUUUUUUGUGGGGCAAGUGGUAAAAAUGUUAUUUUUUUACAUUGCAUUUUUAUAAAGAUAAAACAUUGAGAACAUUUGCUGCUCGUAUUGUGAUGUGAUUUUAUUUUUUAAAUCUAAAAUGAAAAGCUUAAUAUAUAUAUUUUUUACCGUUAAACUUUGUUGUAUUUUUACACAGAGAGUGGAGCUGUCCGUGGUAUUAUAGAAAGACUUUCUCUUUUUUAUUUUGUAAUCAGAUCAAACUUGUUUACAGUGUGAUAUUUUUCACGCGCAAUUUAACAGAAAUCCAAAAUAAUAAGUCGCUGAGCACAGUUAGGCACACUGGUUGUAAAGGAGGUGUUGGAGGUAAGAAGCAGAGUGAUUUGAAAUAAAUGCCUUGUCGCACACUGCCCAUGCGCAGAGUCCCCAGCGGCGGCGGUGAGGGUGGUGGUGGUGGUGGUGGUGGGGCUAAUGAAGAAUAAUAAAUCAUGAAAGGGUUUUUCAGGUACAGCUGGAAACAGAGUGUGUAUGUGAUAGGGUGAGAGACGGAGAGAGGAAGCUGUUGAAAGAGAGAGAGAGAGAGAGAGAGAAAGAGGGUGGAAGUGUGUGUGUGUGAGGGGGGGAGAGAGAGUGAGUGAGUGAGAGAGAGAGCGAGAGAGAGAGAGAGAGAGAGGCGGAGAGAGACUCAGUCUGCCCUUCGCCUCAGAGCAGAGGCAGUUCGGGUCCCCGCAGCAUUCAAGGUAGUCGAAGAGGUACAGUAGAGACUGUCACCGCCAUCACUGCACAUACUGGUGCUUUUUUUCAACAGGGAAACUUUUUCUGUAGAACCAAACUGGUCAUCGAGAGCGGCAACAGUUUGUAAACUUGAAGUCUUUUGGAAAUCCUAAGAGACGAGAAGAAACUUUUUUUCUUUCUCUGGCGUCGUUUCUCUCUUUUUUUAUUUUGAGGAGUUUUGCAAAGAAAAAAAUCCAAGGCAGAAAAAAUAUUGAUAAAAACGAAGUGAAGAAGGAGGGGAAAAAAAUCAAAAAGCAAAAAAAAAAAAAAAGAAAGAAAGGUUCCGUUUUCGCGCCACAAGUCCAACGAGGAAAGAAAGGUACCUGCUGCGUUCAGUUGCAUGGCUGCUCUCAUUUGGCAGAAAAGCGCGGAUAGUUAUAAUAAAUACAUGUGGUAACUCUUCAGUUUUGGACCGUCUUCAGCCUUGCACUUUUACUCGGCAGUGACUUGAGAUUCCUGCGAAGCAAUCGGGCUUCAACUCCGCACCGAGGAGGCGGAGUCUUAACUUAUUAAAAGGAACUUGCCGAGGCUCGGACGCCCGCAAAUAUGAUGAUGAUGUCUCUGAACAGCAAGCAGCAUUUCGCCAUGGCCCACACCAGCUUGGCAGAACCCAAGUACUCGUUGCACUCCUCCUCGUCCUCCACCUUGACUUCCAAUGCGCCCUCGUCCUCGUGCUCGUCCUCCCGACACAGCAGCACCAUCAUCAGCAGCAGCGGCAGCAGCAGCAGCUCGGAGGCGAUGCGCAGAGCCUGUCUCCCAACCCCACCGGUACGUAUUCUGCAUAAUCACUGCUUAAAGGCACAUUUUGACAGCCCACUUUUUUUUGCUUGAUGUUUUUUUCAUGUCUGCACAGCAAAUCACCCAACACCUCCAUAUUUUUUUCCUCCUCUGCUCAACUUAUGUAUUCAGCCGGCUUUGCCUCUCGUAUUAAUUUUUAUGACCUGGGAUGUUGCAUGUGUCUUGUUUUGUGUGCUCCCCUUUUUUAGGAUUUCUUUUUUUCACAUUCUGGAAAUGUUUUAAACCGAGGAGUGGAGGGAGAAUUCCCUGCUGACAGUUAUGUGUGCAUUCUAUUUGCAAUUGCAGAGCAAUAUAUUCGGAGGCUUGGAUGAGAGUUUGUUGGCCCGGGCUGAAGCUCUCGCGGCGGUGGAUAUAGUCUCGCAGACCAAGAGCCACCACCACCCUCCACAUCACAGCCCCUUCAAGCCGGACGCCACCUACCACACCAUGAACACUCUGCCCUGCACCUCGUCUUCCUCCUCCUCCUCGGUGCCUAUUUCUCAUCCGUCCGCCCUGGCUGGCCACCACCAUCACCACCACCAUCACCACCACCACCAGCCCCACCAGGCGCUGGAGGGGGACCUGCUGGACCACAUCACGCCGGGACUGGCGCUGGGAGCCAUGGCGGGACCGGAUGGCUCGGUGGUUUCCACGCCUGCGCACCCUGCCCACAUGGCGGGCAUGAACCACAUGCACCAGGCGGCUAUCAACAUGGCUCAUGCCCACGGGCUACCACCGCACAUGGGCAUGAGCGACGUGGACGCCGAUCCCAGGGACUUGGAAGCGUUCGCGGAGCGGUUUAAGCAGAGACGGAUCAAACUCGGGGUUACCCAGGCGGAUGUAGGGUCAGCUUUAGCCAGCCUGAAGAUUCCUGGGGUGGGCUCCCUCAGCCAGAGCACCAUCUGCCGAUUCGAGUCCCUCACGCUCUCUCACAACAACAUGAUCGCUUUGAAGCCCAUCCUGCAAGCGUGGCUGGAGGAAGCGGAGAAAUCACACAGGGAGAAACUUAACAAACCCGAGUUGUUCAAUGGCGCGGAGAAGAAGCGGAAGCGCACGUCGAUAGCCGCGCCGGAGAAGAGAUCACUGGAGGCCUAUUUCGCCAUCCAGCCGCGUCCCUCCUCGGAGAAAAUCGCAGCGAUCGCAGAGAAGCUGGACCUGAAAAAGAACGUGGUGCGGGUCUGGUUUUGCAACCAGCGACAGAAACAGAAACGGAUGAAAUACUCUGCAUGCGUCUAAGAAUCGCUUUAAACCCCAAACCGAACCCAAAUGACUCUACAAAAAGACUUGGGAACUGUUUAGAGACGAUUUGUAUCAUAUUUCCUAUCUCACACCUUUUUUCAAUCAUCGAUGACUUUGUGCUUUGAACUUCGAAAAAUUCCUAAAAAUUGAACUAAUGACUGACGAAAAAAAUAAGCCCACAGUCACGUCUUUUUCUCGCUGAGAGGGGAGACGUGGAGGAAAGUUGAAGCAUCGUUUGAAGAGCAAGUAAGAACACUGUUUCCACACUUCCUAUGCUUCAUCUUUUUAAUGACUUACAGGACUCUUGUGCUUUAAUUUUUACUUCAGAUUCAUUUCCAAUGAGGACUACUUUAGUUCGCGUACAUAGGCAAAUGCACCCCCCGAUUAAAACAGUGGUUUCCACUCAGAGCAGCGGGGCUAUAGUUGAACUCAAAGCACUUGGUUUUGGUGACUCUCGGUGUUGAUAUUUUUAAGCUUAUAGGAUAAGCUACAAUUUUUUCCCUCCGAGUUGGUGACGAUGCAGUCUGAGACAUUUAUUCAGGGUCCACGAGGGGGUUUAAAGGGACAACACACAAGCUAAUAUUAGAUUACUGCCAAAUAGCCCCGUGUAAAUGAAUUAUUCACUUGUCACACACUUCAUUUUGUGUCUAAAUGUGUAAUUAAUUCCACUUAUUUUGUUACCGUGUGUAAACAGAAAGUCAGGGAUCUAUUUUGAAGAUACCCGAGUUUGGGCUGAAGAGUAGGGUUUCUUUGUUUUCCUUAUUAUUAUUAUUAUAACAAUGAUUAUAAUUAUUAUUAUUAUUAUUGAUAGGCCUCAGUACGUGGAGAUUGAGAAAUAGUGCGUCACUUGUAAGGAUUUCACAGAUUUUCGCGAUUGAAAAAUAUGAUUUCUCGCCGGCUGCAAUAAGUUGACACUCCUGUGUGGGGCCGGUAUCUUAUGAACUAUUUAUUGAGUGAGGUCAUGUUUACUUCAUUAUAUAUUUAUUGGGAUUCCCCCUCCCUCCUCGUUUUGCCUGAGAAAAUCAAAUUCUGACAGCAAGUAAAGCGUGUUGUUCUGCUUUUAAAGGGAAAACGACUGUGUGACAUUUUCAGUCACAAAUCUUCAUUUCUAACAUUUGAGAUGGUACAAUCGAGAUAUAUAUGAGAUAGUAUUCUCUUUUUUUAAAAUUAUUUCAUGUAUGUUUUUUGCUAUUUAUUUGUAUAAAUAUACGCGCAUCAUUAUGAAGUCUUUGCUUGUUAAGAAAUCACCUUGUUUAAGUAAAAUGUUUUUUUUUCUUGAAGAGAAAAAGAAAAACAGCUUCAUGGAAGUAUACGUGUACAAUGUAAAUAUUUCAUUGGAACCAGUCGAUGCACAUAAAUAUAUCCGUACAGGUUUUUGCUGUAUUGAUGUUUUAGCUGAGGUAACUUAUUUCUGUAAUGUAUGUUGCUUUUUUUGGUUCCCUGGUUAAAUUAUUCUAUUAAUUUAUGACAUCCAUGUGAUUUUAAUUUAUUUAAUUAUUGAACUGCAAUAUGUGUUUCAUUAAAGAACAAACUUUAACAUUUAAUUGGACGUUUUCUCCAUUACUACGAUGUGUAAUGUGCCUCAUCCGGACUUAUUAAUAUUCUUUUAUUUAUUCAGCUGUUUAUUUAUUGAUGAGGAGGAUGGGAACGCUUUAGCUGUGGGCUGCACAGCUUUUAACAGAUGUGUUGUGGAGAUUUAAAGCGUAUUUGGGCACCAGGUCUGCAGAUAUUUUUGAACAAGACAUGAACUUUUGGCCACGUUGAUAUAGGGGUUUUUGUCUUGGGACUAUAUAAGCAAGACACCAAACCUAAUUUCACCUGAUUUGUAUCCCCUCUUGCAAAGGUGGAUAUAACGAAAAUGAUCUAAUGCUAUCAGAAUAUAUUCUUGCAUUGCACCUUCUUCCUUCAGGCCUCCAGAUAAAACAGGCCACACAGGAGAAAUCCCUUCUGCUUCUCCUUUUUCUUAUUCCGUCAAUGUUAAAGACACACGUGGCUCCUCCACCGCAUUUCUGCCAGCUUAUGCAGCUCACUGUUGCCUUACCUGAGAGCAAAUGCUAAUAUUCUAUUAGAGUCUAAUCAGGGGGUCUAUGGAGAGCUGGAUGGGUCCCUGGAGCGCAGACUUGCCAGAUGUCAGCCCGCCAGAAAAACAGCUCGCCUGCCAACGUGCCCGUCUCUAUUUAAAUACACACUCUAACGUGCUGAGUGCGUGCGUGAGCGCGUGCGUGCACACAUGCUCAGGCUUUGAUGCACAACCUUUGGUAAGAAGUUAGAUAUGAGGAGGAGUAUUUUGAGUGUCAUGUCCAGAGCAGAGUUGUUGUUUUGAGGGCUUCAGGGCUGACUGGCUGGCUGACUGGCUGACUGGCUGAACGCUGAGUUAGCGUUUCAGCACCAUGGACAGAUACCUGAGAGGCUGCACGAGCUCAGCAUUAGCAUUUCUGAAAGCUGUCCUCCACCUUAACACUGAUUAUUUACAGCAGCUGGAAUAUAUUUGCAUGGGAUUAUUUUAUGAUAUUUGAAAAUAGGAUUUAAAAAAAAAAACUCAAAUUAUAGGACUUGGUUCAAGGUUCAAGGCCUUUAAAAUUGAGCAUGAAGACUUAAAUUGUUUUUAUAACUGUGAGAAAUCUUUGCAAAACCGCAUCCUGUCCUCUUAAUAUCUGUUUAAAAAUUAUUAUACAGGCUUUUUAAUCCAAAGUCAAAAUAUUUUCCUAUUAUUUAACCACCAAAAUCAAGAGAAAAAAGUUGUAAUUAAACAUCCUUCAUGACACUGAUCCAUAAAGCAAACAGCGCCAUCCUCCUCCUCGUGACAAAUUAAGAGUAUCAAAACGAGCGUUAUUAAUGAGACAGCCAUGAUGGUUCAUCAAUUAAAAGAUGCUCCUGGUGAGUGCUUCUAAUUUCCCCUAAAUGAGCCAUUCACUUAAUACGUUAAUAAGAGCGAAUUAUUAAAUUACACAUCGAAUUAUGAAAAGCAGAUAAUUAUGAAGAGCGAGUUAAGCAGUCAUUAGCCAUCCCUGUUAAUUACCUACCGCUGGUCAGGGAGGGCUGCGCGUGAGGGUCUCAUCGGGAAUUGAAAUUAACUUUAUGCAAGCGCGAGCUCUGCACACACACAGACAAGCAGAAAGACAGACAGACAGGCCAUCUACAGGAGUGCUGCUGCUUUAUUUCACAUAUUUGGCUAAAAUCGAUCUGAAUACUUUGAUAGCGAAUCAAUAGGCCCAACAACACACACAGAAACACACACACUGAGCAAAAAGGCCUCAGCAGCAGCAGCACAAUAAAGAAAAAAGAAACAAAAAUCGAAGGUCCUUUUUUUUCUCUAUAAUAAAAUAUGUGAAUCAAAUAGUUUACCUUACAGCCAAAGACACAUGUGCUCACAUCAUCAUCAUACAGUGUGAGUGUCCGUAUAUGACGACGACACGGGAGCUUUCUCUACCAAACGAAAGGGCAGCGCUGUUUCCUUUUGUUAUAAUUACGCCCUGUGUUUUAUUUUUCUCUCUCCCCUGAACAGUCCCCCCACCACCCCUCUCUCUUUCACAGGGAUGCCGAUGAAAUUUUAAUGAGGCCAGGGACUGUCGGAGCUCCGCCUGGGGACCUGAGAGUAGAAUAUUUUAACUGUACAUUUACGCCAAGUGUCUGCCUUCAAAGACGAGAAUGCUCUCGAAUUAGACGAGCCAUAAAGUGAGAGAGCGCGACACACACUCACAAGCGUAGAAGAAGCCUUUAUUUAUCAUCUGUUGGGCUCUCUCUCGGUUUCUGCACCGUCUAAAAAACACUGUGCAACACCCCCGUCUGAUCAGGUGAUGAUGGCUGCUGCUGCUGCUGCUGCUCGGAUGUUAAGCGGCAAUCGCCAUUUGAUAUUGUCGCCAAUCAGUUGUUGUUGAUGCAAUAUUAAUCAGCCAUCAAUAGUCAUUAGUUUGUUAAGUGUUUUUCAGAAGGUAAUCGAUGGGGUAGCAGUGGAUGGCUAGGAGGAUUUCGGUGGGAUACUUUUUUGAUCCAGGAUGGCAUGUAAAGGAGUGGAAGCAACACUGGAUCUGCCAAUGAAAUAGCUCCAUCUCUCUCUCUCUCCCUCUCUCUCUCUCCCUCUAUAAUCGCACGCGCAUACACGUACCAGCCACGCGCACAAUCAUAAACAGACGAGUUGAUGCCAAAGGAAGGUUUAUGUUAUGUUAUUAGUAUUUUUUAAAAUAUAUUAUCUGCAGGUUUCAAGAAUGAAAUACACGCUUUAUAUGUUUUAUAUACUAAAGUUUUAUUCAAAAACAUGGACACUUCACACAUUGGCUGGGGGACUUAAAAGAAAAAACUAAAUUAGAUAAAAAUUUAACUAAUCUUAAGGUUAAAUAAAAGGGAGAAAAAAAGAGUUUUAGAGACAGGCCUUUAUUUUACAACGGAAUAACAGUGAGUGUCACUAGAAACGGAGGGUACUUGCAGAUAUAAAGAAGGCAGUCAUGCCAUAAUUAAAAUGUAACAUGACGGAUAUUUUCAAUACAAUAACAUUUUAAAAGAAAAAGAAACCAUGUCUUAUUUUUUUAAUUAAAUAUUUACUGUUCAAAAAAAGUGCAGAAAAAAAAACAAUAAAAUAAUUUAAAAAAUUAAAAAAAGGACCAUCCCCUC